AUGGGCGCCUGUGGGUACCCCCCUUAUGACCGAAGCGGGGACUGGCUCUACUUGUUCCUGGAGAUUGUGGCCCUAUCGCUCUGCUGCGGGGUGAUCUACCUUGUAACCGUGCGCUAUAACUCGACGUACGAGCUGCGCAACGACACGUUUGGAUGGCUGCAUCUGCUGUCGGAGCUUGGAGCACUCUACAUCCUCUUGUUCUGUGUGCUGUUCGGUAUGCUCAUUCACCCAAACUUAAACCGCAAUUGGUUCUCGAAAGUAUCGUGGACCAUCGCACUGUACAUUGAGGACGUAGCAAUUCUGCCGCAGCUGUUUAUGUUCCAGAAAGGGGGCGGAGGUGCGGUCGAGUUCUGUAUCUCGCACAUUGUCUACGCACUGGCUUUCGGUAGCUUCUUGCAUCUCGUGUUCUGGUUCUCGUCGUACCAUGGACUGGGUGAAAAGGACGCGGGCCAGCACGUUGGCUACACGGUGGUAUUCGUCCAGACCGGCCACAUGCUGAUGAUGGCAAAUUUUCUUUACUACUUCUUCAAGAGCGUGAGAGAGGGGGUCCAAUGA